AUGAAUUUAAAAGAAGAUUUAAAAGGUAGUAAUAAAAAUUAUAGUGAAUAUGAGAAAGUCUUAGAGGAUCAUAAUGCAUUUACAAAUGCAAUAAAAUUCAUUCAACAAGAUAUUUCAGAUAAAGAUAAUUGGGACAAUAUAAGUGAUACAAAAAGUGAAUUAUCUGAACCUAAUGAAGAACUUGAUAAAGUUAUUCUUAAUUUAAAAGAUAACGAAAAAUUAAAUUCAUGUAUUAUAAUUGAUAAAGUUGAAGAGAAAAUUCAAUAA